AGCAUCUGAGAGGUCUGAAUCGUUCCUGCCGUCCCAUCUUCUCGUAUAUCAUAUCCAUUGUGCUGAGAUGACGGCGCCAAAAGUACCGCUCUGGUUGGAUUGCGAUCCAGGACACGAUGAUGCGUACGCCCUCCUCCUCGCCUGUCACGAUCCUCGCGUCGAGCUCCUCGGAGUGAGCACCGUCCACGGCAAUGCACCGCUCGACCAGACCACACUCAAUGCGCGCGCAACACUAGAAGCGAUAGGGAAGCGCGACGUCAAGGUCUACAUUGGUGCCCACAAGCCCAUCAAGCGGGUUGCUGUGUCUGCCGUCGAUAUCCAUGGUGAAUCCGGCUUGGACGGUGUAACGCUGCUCCCCGAACCUGUGCAACCGCCCGCGACGGACGCCGAUACCCUCGAGGCCAUAUACAAGGCGCUGAUCGCCACACCGCCCAACACAGCAUGGCUCGUGUCAACAGGCACCCUCACAAACAUCGGUCUGUUGUUCCAAAAGUACGAUGACCUGGCAGGACACAUCAAAGGUCUCAGCAUCAUGGGCGGUGCAGUCGGCGGCGGCUUCACAGAUGCGCCCAUGGGAAAGACAAAGCUUGAGGGCGUACGCUUCGGCAACUGGACUCCCUACGCCGAGUUCAACAUCUACGUUGACCCCGAAGCGUCCCACAUCGUCUUCUCGCACCCAGUCCUUAGAUCCAAGACCACCCUCAUCCCGCUCGACCUGACCCACCAGGUCUUAGGUACCAAGGACGUACAGCACACACUGCUGUAUGGAUCCGACGCGCCACUGGACCCCGCUGCAGCGGAUACCUCCCACACACCCUCCCGUGUGCGCGCUCUGUUCAAGCAGAUUAUGGUCUACUUCGCCAGCACCUACGCCGAGGUUUUCUCCAUCACCGAAGGCCCGCCGUUGCACGAUCCUCUUGCUGUGUCCGCGGCAAUCUACCCCGAAAUCUUCGACGACAAGGACGGCGAGCGAUUUCAGGUAGACAUCGUGACCGAGGGCAUCCACUCCGAGAACGCCGAAGAGGUGGGCGAGCUUGGCAGAACGAAGGUGACCAAGUUGCCUCCUGGUGAGGGUGGCUGCAGGAUACCCCGGGGAGUUGACCUGGCCAAGUUCUGGGCGAGCAUAGAGAGCUCUUUGAAGAAGGCAGACGAGGCCAGUCCGAUGCCACCGAUUAGUCGAGAGGAGUUAGUGAAGCUUGGGGUCAUAUAGAUCUGGGUGUGUUGGAUAGGACUUGGUUCCAAUUGGUCUCGUACCCGGACAGUGCGCGCAACAAUCUGGCCGAGAUGUAAGGCAAGCGCGAAAGCAGGACCAGGAGCUCAUAUAAAUGAGCACAGAAUAAAUAAAAGAGCAGUCGACGAUGCAUACACUCCACUAUUACGACCUAAAAAAACUCACCACUGGG